AUCAUGAUAAUGAUUGUUUCAAUUAUGCGUAUGUAUCGUAUGUGUGUGUGUGAAUUAAAAUGAAAACGUUUGCUGAUUAUCAAUUAGUACAAGAAGAAAAAAGAAAAAAUUUUCAUGCAUAAAACCAACACAACACAUAGACCAACAUUUUGAAUUUUCAACGUUUAGCCAUUUUUUUUAUAAAUAAAAAGAGAGAAAAUUCAUCAUCAAUCUUUAUGAAUGAAAUUUUUUCCUUUUACAUAACUUGAAAAACCAAAGAUUCUUUCCAGCCAAACAACAACAAUGUUAUAUCAUCAUCAUUUAGCAUGUAGAUCAUUCAUAAUUGUUCGUGGUCACCAUUACUCAACAAAUUCAUUAUUCAAAUAUCAUCAUUUAUCACGAUUAUUUCAUCUGAAUCAUUAUCAAAAAAAAUUUCAUUAUUCAUCAUUAUUAUCUACUCUACGAAGAACAUUAUCAUCACAAUCAUCGACAUCAACAACAACAUCGGAUUUAAAAUUUGCACGACCAAAUGUUUAUGAUACAAAUUCCAUUACGAUAAAUGGUUUAAAUAGUAAUCUGGAAAAAUUACAAUACAUUUCCACGUUGAUUGUACAAUUAUCAACUGUACGAGAUAUUACACAGAAACAAUCAGAACUUGCAUUAGAAUUAUGUAAUAUUUAUUAUGAUUCAAAUCCAUUGGAACGUUUUCGUUAUCUUUGUUUUCUAUCCGAUGAAUUGUCCACAACUAUUGAUGUUGCUUCGCAAGCUAGUUCAAGUUUUCUACAAACCCAGCAACGUCAAGAACCAUAUGAUGCAGCAUUACUGGUUGAUCGCCUGCAAAAACAGAUACGGCCACAAUAUUUGGAUCUAUUUCGACAAAUAUCACGACUGCCGAUUGGAGUGAAAUUUUUAGUCGAUUUACGUAGCGAUCUAAUCACAGUGCUAUCACAUCCACAACUAGUUUCAGAAUUGGGACCAUCAAGUAAAGUUUAUCUCCGAUUAUUAUCAUCACAAUUAUCCGAUCUACUUUCAUUGUGGUUUAAUGCCGGUUUUCUUCGGCUUGAACGUGUAACAUGGGAUUCACCUACAUCUAUUUUACAAAAAAUAACCGAAUAUGAAGCCGUUCAUCCAAUACGUAAUUGGUUGGAUCUAAAACAUCGUCUUGGCCUAUAUCGUCGUUGUUAUAUGUUUUCACAUUCAUGUUUGCAAGGUGAACCAUUGGUUAUUUUGCAUGUAGCACUGGUGCCAUCCAUUUCAUCAUCAAUACAGGAAAUCAUUUGUCGAACAAAUCUUCAACAAGGUAAUGAUAAUGAUAUUACCACCGCCACAUCAUCAUCAAUAACAUUGAAUGGAUCAUUAUUAUCUGAAGAUCAUCAUAAACAUCAUGAUGCAUUAAGUUCACCAAUAGAUGGUCCCACCUCAUCGUCAACAGUGACAACAAUCAUUAAUGGAAAAACAUUUAAAUUACAAUCAUUUUCACGUUCACCAAAAGUACAUCAACAGAUUGAAGAUCCAAAUCUGGUUGAUGCUGCUGUUUUUUAUUCAAUAUCAUCAACACAAAAAGGUCUAAAUGGUAUUGAUCUUGGUAAUCAGCUAAUUAAACAAGUGGCGGGUGGUCUAAAAGCUGAAUUUCCAUUAAUGACACGAUUCAGUUCACUGUCGCCUAUACCAAAUUUUACUGAAUAUUUACUCACAGCUAUUCAAGCAAUACAACGACAAGAUGAUUCAAAAGGUUUUCGUAAAUUGUGGAUGCGUUAUUCUGAUUAUGAACGACUUUGCGGCAUAUUGGCCGUGAAAGAUGAACAAACAUUCUGGAAUCGUCUGAUACAAUUAUUACGUUCUGGUAAUUGGAUAACGGAUCAGACAUUGGUCGAUUCAUUUCGUGAACCAUUAAUGCGUAUCUGUGCUCACUAUUUGUAUCACGAAAAACGUCGUGGUUAUGCAUUGAAUCCAGUGGCAAAUUUUCAUAUGAAAAAUGGUGCCGUUAUGUGGCGAUUAAAUUGGUUGGCCGACAUAUCAACACGUGGCCUUUCGAAUUCUUGUGGAAUGAUGGUUAAUUAUCGAUAUUUUCUUGAACGCCACCAUGAGAAUAGCCAAAUUUAUAUGAAUGAAAAAAGAAUUAUAACUGGUGAUCAAUUUGAAAAAUGGUUACCAUAAUCAA